AAGGCUCAUUUUCCUGGUAGGAAUACGUUUGGAAGGACUAGGAGAGAAGAGCAGCUGUAACUUGGUCUGAUGCUUUCAUUAGAGACUUCUUGUCCUUAAGCUGUCUCACAACUUACAGACAGGCAGCAGACCAGGGUGUCAGCCUUGUUUGGGGGGUUUGGUGGCUCUUGCACAGAACAAAUCCCAGUCUUCAUGGAUUGCAUGUUGUCUCUGUAAAAGAUGGAAUGAUGCCUUGGCUUGAACAUCGACAAAAUAGUGAAAAUAAAACAUGGAGGGUUGUUUCUAUUCUAUUUUUUUCUACUCUGUUUGGGUGCAGUGGACUAAGGUCAAAGGCAUGACUAGGCUGGUACCAUGACUGGAGAUGCCUGGAGUGCAGGGGUUAUAGCCAAGUGGAAAAUGCAUUUAUAGGGUGAGAAGUAAUUCUUUUCUUUAUUUGGCAUACAUAAUUAUGUUUGAGUUUUGGAUCAGGGCCUCUCUGAAACAGUCAGAAUUGUGAUAAACUGGAGGAGCUACGUUACUAUGUUUGAUCUGAAGGUGUUUCUGGUUCUGCCCUUCCUGUAUUGUGUCAAAUUAAGCAUUAAUCAAUUAGCUAGACUAAUCUGUUUUUAAUGUUGGGUAUUGCUCAUGUGCAUUCCCUUAAAAUUUCCAUGGAUUUGUCCCCUGUAUUAUGCUCUUAGACUUUAUUUCUUCCCUUACUCUUUAUUUAAUGUGAAAACAUUUUCUAGUUUCAGACUAAACCAAGAUACAUGUACACUUCUUUUGCUCAAAUGACCUGGGAAAGCAAGGAAGGUGUUUCAUGUUGUCUAGAUACAGUUCCUUUACUAGGCAGCAAGUGUUUCCACUGAAAUAUGGACAUGGAUUCCUAUCUUGCUCAUUAGCAACAUCAGGACUGACAUUUUUAUAGUGAAAAAGCUGUGCUGAGUUCUGAGAUCUUAACUACAGAGAUGCUGAAUUUCCAGCUCCCUGCACCCUCUCUCCAUGCAUCUGCUCCAUGUCGUGUUUAGGGAACUGUUGGCAUAUGAAGGAAUUACAGAGAAAGUGUAGGCUAGAUUAAGGAAAAGCCUUAACUUGUUAUAUGUUGUUUUCUCUCUUACAUUAGUAUAAAUUAUUUUUGCAUCAGAAUAUCUGCUUUCAUUUUUAUUGAAUAACUGGAAAGAGCUGAUAAUACUGUUCCAGUGCCCUGUUACCCGUGAGAUCAAGUGGCAUUUGCUUCCAGGAGCUGGUAAAUCAUGGCCUGGUUUGAGGUUCUAUUAGCAAAGGCAAGGCUGUCUCUGAGCUGCAGGCCAGCCCUGGAUACAUCUUUAGGAUCUCUGGCACAUCUGUUGAUGGUUUUCCAUUUGCAGUGAUGGGGAGGGCUCUUAGUGGGUAAAAUCCCUCUGAAGCACAGAAGUUGCACAAAGCCUUUGCAGCAUGUUGGAGGCAGGCCCAAGGAAAAGGAAUAAAUUCCUUCUUGCUUAUCACUGGCUUGUUUUGACAAGCAUUCACAUCUCCUCAAAACAAGAUCCCUGCUGAGAUGGAAUAUGAUAUGUCCAGCAACUAUUGCAAAAAGCAAUGGAGAAGGAGAUAACAUCUUCCCAGGAAACACAAGCCAAGGAGCUGCUAAAGGAGGCAUCAGGAAGCAGCAGAAAGCUCCCAAAGUACAUCCAUCGAAGCACAGGGAGACUGAAAGGAGCUGAUGCCUGAAUGGGAGAAGAGGGAGAAGGAACAUUUAGCAAAAGGCAGCAGCAAGAAGCCAGAGACUGAAUAAGGGAGAUCCUCCACUGCUCCAUGGAGUUUUCCUACUGAGUCCCUGCUUUGGAAAUGGGGAAAGAGUUAACUGUGAUGUUGAGUGAGAGGCUUUGCUCAGCAAAGCUCCAGGAGCAGCAGCUGAGGACCUGCCUCGUUGGUAAUCUUGAACUUCCCUUGAUUCUAAAAAUCAGCACAUACCACACUUUUGCAGACAAAUAAAGUGGAGAAGCAAACUCUGAGGGCUUUUCAGUCCAGGCACCCUGGAGGAGGAAUAUCUGGCACCAAAUUCCUGUAGAUCAGUGGGUGCUUACUGAGACUGGACUAUUUUUUGGAAGACGGGAUUUUUGUCAGUAUUUACUGCCUGCUCAUCAUGUCUUCAAUUCUUGGGAAGAUGAAGAAAUUUGGCAGUUUUGACAUGGAGGAAUCUGAAGUGGCAGAUGAACACACGGAAGGGGAGGAGUCUGUCCUGGAAACAUCUGACAACUCCCAGGGCCCACCCAGCACCAGGGCACAGCCACCCAAAAGCAACAUCUUUGCAAGGCGUGGGCGGUUUGUGAUGGGGGAUAGUGACAAGGACAUGGCUCCCAUGGACUCCUUUUACCAGAUGGAUCACCUGAUGGCACCUUCUGUCAUCAAAUUUAAUGUCAAUUUGGAGAGGGGGAAACUUCACAAGCUCCUGUCUGCAGAUUCCAUCACAGGCUGCUCAGAAAAAGCUUUCAAGUUUUACGAUCGCAGAAGGAUCUUUGAUGCUGUAGCCCGAGGCAACACAAAGGACCUGAGUGACCUGCUACUCUACCUUAAUAGAACCUUCAAGCAUCUCACAGAUGAGGAGUUCAAAGAGCCCGAAACUGGGAAAACCUGUUUACUGAAAGCCAUGCUGAAUCUGCACGAUGGGAAAAAUGAUACCAUUCCCUUGCUGCUGGAUAUUGCCAGGAAAACUGGAACUCUGAAAGAGUUUGUUAAUGCAGAAUAUACUGACAACUACUACAAGGGCCAGACUGCUCUUCACAUCGCCAUCGAGAGAAGGAACAUGUACCUGGUGAAGCUCUUGGUCCAGAAUGGAGCAGAUGUUCAUGCACGAGCCUGUGGGGAGUUCUUCAGGAAAAUCAAAGGGAAAUCUGGCUUUUAUUUUGGGGAGCUGCCCUUGUCCCUGGCUGCCUGCACCAACCAGCUUUGCAUUGUGAAAUUCCUCCUGGAGAAUCCCUACCAGGCAGCUGACAUUGCUGCUGAGGACUCCAUGGGCAACAUGGUCCUGCACACCCUGGUGGAGAUCGCAGAUAACACUAAGGAUAACACCAAGUUUGUAACCAAGAUGUACAAUAACAUAUUGAUCCUUGGUGCCAAAAUUAAUCCAAUCCUGAAGCUGGAAGAGCUCACCAACAAGAAAGGGCUGACUCCAUUAACCCUGGCAGCCAAAACAGGAAAGAUAGGGAUUUUCGCUUACAUCCUCAGACGAGAGAUCAAAGAUCCCGAGUGCAGACACCUGUCCAGGAAGUUCACUGAAUGGGCAUAUGGACCUGUCCACUCCUCUCUUUAUGACCUGUCCUGUAUAGACACAUGUGAGAAAAAUUCAGUGCUGGAGAUUCUUGCCUACAGCAGUGAGACACCAAACCGGCACGAGAUGCUGCUGGUGGAGCCCCUUAACAGGCUCCUGCAAGACAAGUGGGACCGGUUUGUCAAACACUUGUUUUACUUCAACUUCUUUGUCUAUACCUUGCACAUCAGCAUCCUCACUGCAGCUGCUUACUACAGACCUGUGCAGAAGGACCAAAAGCCUCCCUUCACCUUUGGUUACACCACUGGGGAGUAUUUUCGAGUGACUGGAGAGAUCCUGAGUGUUCUGGGAGGCCUCUAUUUUUUUUUCAGAGGGAUACAAUAUUUCGUGCAGAGGCGCCCGUCACUCAAGACGCUGAUCAUUGAUGGCUACAGUGAGGUUCUUUUCUUUGUUCACUCCUUACUCCUCCUGAGCUCUGUGGUGCUGUACUUCUGUGGCCAGGAACUCUACGUGGCUUCCAUGGUGUUCUCCUUGGCACUGGGCUGGGCCAACAUGCUCUACUACACCCGUGGCUUCCAGCAGAUGGGCAUUUACUCUGUCAUGAUUGCCAAGAUGAUCCUUAGAGAUCUGUGUCGCUUCAUGUUUGUCUAUCUAGUGUUCCUCUUGGGAUUUUCUACAGCUGUGGUGACUUUAAUUGAGGAUGACAAUGAGGGGCAAGAGACAAAUACCUCUGACUCUUCCCGCUGCUGCCACGUGAGACGAGGCCGCACAUCCUACAACAGCCUGUAUUACACCUGCCUGGAGCUUUUCAAGUUCACUAUUGGGAUGGGGGACCUGGAGUUCACAGAGAACUACAGGUUCAAGUCUGUGUUUGUCAUCCUCUUGGUUCUCUAUGUCAUCCUCACGUACAUCCUCCUGCUCAACAUGCUCAUUGCGCUGAUGGGGGAAACCGUGAACAAAAUUGCACAGGAGAGCAAGAGCAUCUGGAAACUCCAGAGAGCCAUCACAAUCUUGGAUAUCGAAAACAGCUACUUGAACUGUUUGAAGAGCUCAUUCCGGUCCGGGAAGCAAGUCUUGGUGGGGAUCACACCUGAUGGCCAAGAUGAUUACAGAUGGUGCUUUAGGGUUGAUGAAGUGAACUGGUCCACAUGGAAUACGAACCUGGGCAUAAUCAACGAAGACCCCGGGUACUCUGGGGACCUCAGACGGAAUCUCAGUUUCUCUAUUAAACCUGGCAGAGUUUCAGGGAAACACUGGAAAACAUUGGUUCCGCUUUUAAGAGAUGGAAGCAGGAGAGAAGAUACUCACAAGCUACCAGAGGAAGUCAAAUUAAAACCUGUUUUGGAACCUUAUUAUGAGCCAGAAGAUUCUGAGGUGUUGAAGGAGUCACUUCCAAACAACCACAGGGGGAAAGAAAUCUGGUGCUGCAAAUCCAUCUGGCUGGAUUUACAAAGAGAAUCAGGAAAACUAUCUGAGAGAGAAAAUAGGCAGAUGUUCUAAAACUACAGAUGGGAGCUCUGGAAAGAGAG